AGGACUUUACCGUAGCCUCGCUGCUCGCGUUCGUGCUUCCGCGUUUUGUCUUUUUUUUUAAAAGAUUCGUACGACGAGGAACUGAAGAUGCCAGAGGCCGAAACGUCGUGCUGUUGCCGAGAGUGCUGCUCGCGGUGAAGGACGCCUGUUUUGUUGUUGUUGUUGUUGGUGGUGGUGCUGCCGCUGCUCGGACAGCCCCUUGUUGACAUGCUAGGGUCUAGCGUGAGAAAGUGAUCUGGACUUUUCCCAGCUACACUUUGUCUCAUAUAUGACGACGCGCGGGAGGUGAAAACUAGCAGUGAAGACUUGUGCGCGCUUAAACAGAAUCGACCGCUGGACAGCAGAGAAAGAUGGUUUCUUCGAAAUGGAAUGUGACUGGACGUCUCGCAGUUCUUCUGGUGCUGGUGGCGGCGCUGCUUUCACCGAGUGGGGCUUCCCCUUCGCCCUCGGCAGCACUGGACGACCUGGAUCUGGACGAUUUGGACCUGGACGACCCGCAGCUGGAGGAUGGACUGGAGGCGGUGGGGGCGGUGGGGACGGCGGAGGCGGCGCCGCCUCACGAAGACGAGCACGUGGGGGAGGUGAUGCUCAGCGGCCACGUGGAGCCCACGGUGGCCCAGAAGGAGACCGACGUCUACAGGCUGGUGUCUUCGGCGAUGCGGCAGCCGUCGCUGCGCCGCCAGCUGUCGCAGAUCCUGCCCAUCGUGCGCGCCAUGACGCCGGCGCAGCGGCUGGCGCUGGCGGCCAUGAAGCUGCUGCUGCCGCUCAGCUGGGACAUCGCCAACCUAAUCACGGCCAGCGCCGCCGAGGCCGACGGCGGCCGCCUGCUACGCGCCGCGCAGGAGUUUCAUGCGCAAACAUACACUUACAUCAUCAUCGCCGCCGCCUCCACUAACAUCAUCUACCCAGGGGAAAACCGACUCCUAGCCAAUACCAUAUAUAACCCUGAAUCCACACCAUCAAGGAACACCUCGCCAGUGCCGCCGCCGGUGGACUUGCCCCCACCACCGGGGAACAACAGGAGGAACGGCCUCGUCACUACCGGUGAGUUCCGCAUCUGCAUCCGCAUCUACAUGUGUGCUCCACAAGUUACAAGAGAGCAGCACCAGCAACAGAUACCGACGACGUUUCGGCCUUCGCCCGCUAGGCCGCAGCACCGCCUGGAGACGGCCGACAACGACCCGGAGCCGCAGUCGUGCAACUUGGUGGCCAACGACCUGUGUCUCGAAACCGACGACUACCCAGACUCUGCGAUCCUGGCGAGCAUCCGGCGCAGCCAGGGCUCGAUGGACGCCAUGCUGCUGGACAGCGGCCAGCGCUCCACCUCGCCGACGCCCACUGCAGACAGACGACCGGAUUCGCCCUUGGCCGCGGCGCUGACGUCAUCGCAGACGUCUGAGUCCGGCACGGUGUCGCUGUGUGCGUCUCGCACGCAGCUGGCCAGGCCGCGGCGGGCUCGCGCCACCAGCGGCCAGUGGAAGUUCGUCGUCAACGUGGGCGAGUACACCCAGACGCUGCGACUCGACCUCUGCCUAAAGCCUCGUGAAAGCUGCGGCCUGCUACCGGACAACGUGGAGUCGCGCUGUCAGCAGGUGUACAACUACCACCGCUUGCUCACCUGGGACAAUGAGCGAGGACUCCACAUGGACAUCUUCAAGGUGCCCACGUGCUGCACUUGCCAGGUGACCGCCGUGCACCCGCUGCUGCAGCGGCCCAGCAAGCAGCCGACACAGCAGCAGCAGCAGACCGGCGCCAAACACCACGACGUCGAUAACGACGCCGACGCAGCGGCUGUCGUUCCGUCCCGGCUACCAUCCAUCACCACCCCGUCGUCGGCGCCCACGACGCCGCCGCCCAGCUUCCUGCCGACGCGGCACGGCUUCCGGCGGCCGUCCACGCACCCUGUCACCGGCUCCCCAGGCUACCUGCCGCCUCGGGGGCCGCCGCUGCCGCUCGCCGACCACGGAGGCGCAGACGUCGACUCCCGUCUCAGCUGGCUCAAGCGCAACCGCUCCUCCCUCUACAACAGGUACCCUCCGCGGAGGCCGAAGCCUCACGUCAUCUCCUCCGACUCGAUCCGCCGCGGCGCCACUACGAGGCAGCCGCAGGCGCCGUCGCCACCGACGCUGCCGACGCCUCCGGACGCCGCCACGCCCAGCCCGGACGGCCUGAGCGUCGGCGCCGCGUCGGGCCCUCACCGGCGCGUCAACUACAGCUACCACCCCAUCAUAGACUACAUCCGCCAGCAGCAACUCGCCGAGCAGCCGGCGACGGCGCUGCAGUCGCGCUCCGGACAGGGCUGGACGCCCAUCGAAGGAGCCGCCGCGUAG